CUCAAAUCAAUAAUAGAAUUGCAAGCCUUUGAGCUCAUUCAAUCUGAACUCUGAACUUGCUGGAGCAAAGCGAAAGGCGGAAAUGGCGACGGCAGCGUUGGGAAUGCAGAAGCUACUGCAAGUAGGCACGAAGAUCGUCGGCGUCGGCCGCAACUACGCCGCUCACGCCAAAGAACUCGGCAACGCCGUCCCCAAGGAGCCGGUGUUGUUCCUGAAACCUACAUCCUCCUACUUGGAGAACGGAGGCACGAUCUUGAUUCCACAUCCUCUUGAAUCGCUGCAUCACGAAGUGGAGCUCGCGGUCGUCAUCGGUCAGAAAGCUCGCGAUGUGCCGGAGGCUUCCGCCAUGGAUUACAUCGGAGGGUAUGCGCUAGCGCUGGAUAUGACCGCAAGAGAAAUCCAAGCUUCUGCCAAGUCAGCAGGACUUCCAUGGACUGUGGCCAAGGGGCAGGAUACAUUCACACCUAUUAGUUCCAUUUUCCCCAAGUCGGCUGUACCUGAUCCUGAUAACUUGGAACUAUGGUUAAAGGUAGAUGAUGAGAUAAGGCAGAAAGGUUCAACAAAGGAUAUGAUGUUUAAGAUCCCAUUUCUCAUCAGCCACAUAAGUGCAAUCAUGACCCUUUUUGAGGGAGAUGUCAUUUUAACAGGCACUCCUCCAGGUGUCGGUCCAGUGAAAGCCGGCCAGAGGGUAACUGCUGGAAUAACGGAUCUUGUUGAUGUCCAUUUCAACUGUGAAAUACGUAAGAGGCCUAUAAAUUGAUCAUCACCUCCCUUCCCAAAGUGUCCAUCUGGCUCGUCAAAAAAGGGAUGCAGCUGUCUCGGCCAAGUAUGUUCUCUUCUGUAGGAAUUUGAAUCUCUAGAGAUGAACAGUGAGGGUGAAUUUCCAACCAGAGAAGAUGCACUGAUCAUUAACCAUCCACAUAAUAAACUGGGAAAGAACCAUGGUGACAGCCUUGAUCAUAAAAGCAAAACUGUUUC